AUGACACAUUGGCGGGGUUUUCGAGGUCGCUUCCUAGCUAUGAUUAACGAAUUGGAUAUCUUGUUCUAUGAGCACAAUCCAAAUGGUAUGUUUAACAUUAAAAAUAUGCCAGCCGCUAUUUCCACAUGCCAUGAAGCCACCAAUACAACAAAGAUAAAUAAUUGGGAUCCAAACAUGCACAUAUUUUUGAGGCCCACACCCGAGAUGCCAACACAUGCCCGUCUGCUUUACAACUUUAGUUGUGUGUACCUUCGGUGUUUAGGUCUUUGCCUCGUCCCGAAGUAUGGGAGCUUU